ACUCACGGAACAGUGUUGCCCUCGCAACAGGCACUUCUUUUCCGGUGUAACCUCAAACAGGCUAAAAAUGAUAAGAGUUAAAAAAAAAAACAAAAAAAGGAAAACCAGCAGAAGCAGCGCAGUCUCAUGAAAAAGUCAAUUCACGACACAUGCAGGGGAGAGUGUGAGAGGUAGAAGCAGAGGGAGGAACAGGAAGUCUGCCACUUUGCCCCCUGUGAGCCGCACAUGAACAUUAUUCAGCGACAGUUCACUGUUGUUACUCUGCAGGUUCCCGAUGGCGUCUGGUUCGGUCAGCAGAGUGGACGACCUGCCACCAGCACUGCCUCUCAAACAGCACAGAAGUCGUUCCAGCGUGGAGGCUGAAUGUGUUACACUCAGUCCUGUGGAACUCCAGGCUCAAAACGACGCAUUCAGUGACGUCUUCAUUGAACCUACAGAUUGUCAUGCAGCCCAGUGCCCGAUACACCAGCGCUACGAUCCGUCUCGACACCAGGAGAGAUUUUUCUCAGACGGGACACCACCGCCUGUUCCAAAGAAGAGGUUUGCUCGCACCCUCUCUUUUCCUGCCACCAGUGCGUCUCCACAGUGUCCCUGGUCUCCCCUGUCUCUUCUGCCGAAAAACCCUCAGAACUACGACAACCCUCUGUACAUGCUGGCACCAGUAGCUGGCAGCUAUUUCCAUCAAUGUGGGAAAGAAGUUAAAACAGCAAGAAAGAGUCCCGUCCCCUCGCUGUCCCUCUCCCAGCUGUCUUUUGACACCGCAGACGAACAUCUGCCACAACUCUUCGGCGGCUUUGAUGACCAGACGGUUGUUUCUCAGGGGAUUCAGCAUUGCCAUGGACUCUUCCUGAGAAGGGUGGUGCAGAACAUGGAGGCUGGGAUCCUGCUGCAAGAUGAAGCCACAGACAAUCAUGCCAGGUCAUACCAGCCUCAGGAUUUCCUACUGAAUGAGGGCAGUCAGCCAAAGCAGAUUGGUAACAGUUUCUACUACAGCCUGCAGAGCCCCAAGUUCCCAGGGAGGGUGCUUGGCUUAAAGGUGCACAAGCAGACCAAUGAGAAUCCAACCAAACACCAGCUGUCACAUGUCAAUGUGCAAAAUGUGGUUGCUGUUUUCACACCCAGCAUCAAACUGAAGAGGAGCGAUCCCACGACUCCUUUCAAACCGGGAUGCACUGCCGCUAAUCCACCAGACGGAGGCAGCACAGAGUAUUCUACAGAUCCUGCCAUCAGCAAUGUGACCACAGUCGAGUCUUUACUUGACAAAGGCAUCACUGUGAGUGUUGAGAGAGACCUGCCUCAUGCCACUCUGGAGGACUUUGUUCAGGACAGCAGGUCCCUGCAGAGUGCAGACAGUUUGGUUUGGGACAGACAGGUGUGUGUUUUGUUGCUGCAGAUAUUAAUGGCUUCACAACAUUUGUACAACACCAGUGCCACCACAUCCGAGCUCAGACCCUGGGAGAUCUUCCUAGUGUGGUCCUGCAGAGAAAGGAGUGAGGGGGAAGGGUUCAAGAUCGGCAGAUUGAAAGAAGACACGGAGUGGGAAGAGACGGCGAGUAAAGGGAGGACCCAGAUGUUAUGGAGGACACAUGGUUCUCCUCGUGUUGUGUUAAACCCGCAGUCUUUGAGUCCGUCUGCAUCUCAUCCCCUUCCCUCCAUUAAGUCCCAGAUUGGGGCCCUGCUUCAAUACUGUUUGGCCCCACAAGAGCGCUCAAUCUCAUCUCUGGACUCAGAUCCAAAUCCAUCCAAGUCCUCGUACCAAAGAGGUCUUCAUCACCUGUCUUCACUGCUCCAGAAUGAGAGCAGCAGUCUCCAGAUUGUGGACAUGGUGGCCAUGCUUCAGGUGCUCCUCUGGGGCCCCAGUGUCACACUCUUUAAUCCUGAGAGGUCGGUGACAGCGGCAGUGAACAGCUGGCUGACAGUCAAACGCGCUCUGCUGGUGAUGAAGCUGGCAGAGAGAGGGCUGAUGGGAGAUCAGGCUGCUCUGGACUGGGAUGACUGCAUGUGCCUGCAGUACCUGUCAUCCACUGACCCAGAGACAGUGGUGAGUGUGACCAGACAGCUGUUUGAAGACAGAUCUACAUUUACAGGAUGUCUGUCUUAAAAUGAACAUUUUCCUUAAAAUAACUGUCCAGUAGUAGAGCAUUACGUGCAUUAAUCAAAGACACAUUUCCAUAUAAUUCCAUCAUAGUAUUGAAAUUAUUUGUUGUGGUAUGGUUAUAUCACUAUAUUUGUGCAUUUCUAUUUUUGUUUCAAUAACUUAUACCCUAAAUAAAUAAAACAUUUAUUAUUUAAAGCAACCAGUAGUAGAACUUGCUUGGCCUUUUAUUGGCACUUCAAAUUACUCAGCAACACUAAGAAUAACUUAGGCGCACAGAGAUUAAGGACAAAGGUUCAGGUCAGUGGUGGAGUCUACGUGAUAUGCAGAUAUAUGUCAUACACCCACAACAAAAACCACUUCCAAAUAACUACUUAAAAAUGGUGCAUUGAUACACAUCAACUCCAUUUUUUGACAGACACUGACACUCAAAUAAUUUCUUUUAGCAAAUAUAAAGUGUUGAUGACUGUUGUUUUCAUUCAAACACUAAUUUAAUAUAAUAAACUUCAUCACAUGCAUACUUCUGUUGCUCUGCUGGCCACUCAUGCUGCUUUGAGAGUGUGUAUUUUAUAUUUUUUAUGCAAUUAGGGAAAGUGGUCUGGACUCAACAUCCCCAGUUGCCUCGUGUCACUAUCGAUUCAAAUGAGUAAUAAUAAUUAACACGAUGUUGUUCUUUGAACGUACCCAUGCCUGCUUAAAUAAAACAAUCACCAAGAUGUUUCAGGGCGUGGUUGACUCCCCAACUGCCUGAAGAAAAUCCUAAACAGCCAUUUACAGCAGAAAUAACAGAAUUAAUAAGUAUUAAAUAGUUUGUAGGAAGCC